AUGGAAGCUGGAUUGAGCUCCGCCGGCUGUGCUGUAACCCUCUGCAUCGUGGCGGUCAGCAGUGCAUGCUGGUGGCUUCGUGACACGAUGGUCCUGGCUGUCGCGAUGACGUUGCUGAGGAUGCUGUGCUGCAAAGGCCGUCGUGCAAGAGGACAGCUGACAGGGCUUGUUUUCCCCAUCUGUGUGGAAGACUUGACGUCACCCUCUGGAGCGACUCUGCUCACCGCAAUGCUUCAGAACGGACAGCACCUAUCACAUGACGUGGUUGUGACAUCUGUGCGAAACCUGCAGAAGAACGUUACAGAUGGGGUCAAGGGCGACAAGGCUGUUCUGGAAGUUACCUAUUCCGCCACCGUCGACCUGCCAACCCGCUUCUUCUUAAAGUGCAAUCUGCAAAGACUUGGUGCCAUGCGUCUGUUGGUGGCGACAUCCGACGUGUGCAUGUGCGAGGCACUUUUCUAUUAUUACUUGGCGCCUGAGACCAAAGAUUGUCUCCGAACUCCCAAGUGCUACUUCGUUGACUUCAGCUCCACCACAGGUGAAUUCUGCCUGCUGACGGAGGUCUUAGACUUUGGAGGGAAUCUCCUCCCUUUAAAGCAUCGAAUUCGGGACGCCGCAACAAUGGAGGAACAGCUCCUGUUCAUAGAGACCGGCGCGAGACUGCAUGCACGCUCUUGGUCCUGGAUCGACGGCUGCAAUGCCGUGCUGAAACAGAUUCCUCGUUUUCACGACACACACCGCCAGAUGUGGCUCCUUUGCAUGGCCAGUGGUUACAUGGGCCUGAAGUACACUGUGCAAAAGACGGUGAAGGGCAAGCGCAUAAACCCUGAGUGGAUGACGUGGAGCUGCCCCACCGACUUGGUUGGAAAGGAGUGGCAGCUGAUCUGGGACAUGGCUGACAUUCUCACAAGCCUAUCGCUUGAAAAGGACAUGGCAGCCUUUGGCCACAACGAUCUCACCACCGACAACGCAUUCUACUGGCAGGAGGAUGGGAGUACACGACUGUCAGUGGGGUUGUUCGAUUGGCAGCAAAGCUGCAUGAACAACAUUGGUCAAGAGUGGGCUUGGAAUUGGCACUUCUUGGAGCCUGACUUCCUUGACAAGAACGAGGAAGCCAUGAUCACGGCCCUGCUCUCGGCCUACUCCAAGCUGGGUCGUUCCAUCUCGCGCAAGAAAUUCUUGAGAGCCUACACCCUAGGGACUAUUCAGAUGUUCGUCUUCGGGGGCGGUGGCCUUCAGCUGCUCAUGAAAGAUUUGGAGGCAAAGGGGAUCUUCCAGACGCUCGUUCCCAACGAUACCCGCUGUGGCCCCGACGGCCUUAGAUCGGGGGAUCAGCUCCGAGAGAUCCUUACUGGGGCGGAGAUGACGCGACGGACGUUCACCAACUGCUGCAACAUCAUGCGAAGGCACAACUUCUACUCAGCCUGGCAGGACUGGAAACGGUAUCGCUCAACUUCGAGCCAGAAAGCCGCUGCUUUCGAGCAGCAUGCUUCCUGGGUUGCCUCAGCCUUCGGGGACUGCACUCGCAUCUGCCCUGAGUCUCUGAAAGUUCCACGUCCGAAUCUGGCUUUCCAGCAGCGGCAUGUCACUUGCAACUCGACUGCUGGCGAUCCAUUGCCCGACCUGGCUUGCGAGCACCUCUUCAAACCGAGACGGUUCAGGCGCUGUCACUGCGGGGUCAUCGGCUGCACGGAGGGCUGCAAGUCAAUCGAUGAAGUGGAGGACGAGAUUGAAGGGAGUGACGACACAGAUGCGCAAGCGGAGCACGACACUGACUUUGAAUGCGUUGGCUGCUUCGCCGCAGGAGACGAGGGAAGUUCGCAAGAUGGUGCCGAUGAGACCUGCAUCGACUGGACGCAGGAUGCCCCUUGCCGUGGUGGUAUGCCGUUCUUCCGCAUGCACUCCAACGAGCUCACAGCAUCCUUGUGCUUCGAGUUCUGCAUCAGUCAAGGCUUGGACUUGUUUGCUCUGGUUGAAAAUGACGAGUGCCGGUGUGGAGCAACUCGACUAAACACGGCAGUCUGGGGAGCAAAUCCUCGGCCUGGACUCAUGUUGCCAGCUGCCCUCAGUGAUUGCAUGACUGGGGAUACAUGCCCCAUGCGGGUGUACCGAUGGCUGGGACCUUUUGAAAGUGGUGGAUCUGUCCGAGCACGGCUGCUGAAGCCGAAUGCAGCUGCAACGGCUUACGUUGACUCGGUGGUUGCGGGCAGGCGACUUACACCAGCACAAGAAGAGGAUGGCAUUCCGCUGGACGGCGACACCGACGAAGCCGAUGCCGCAUGGGCCUUGGUGCAAGGCGGAACAGGAAAUCCGAUGUGGGAGCGACCUUGCAACGACAACCCGGGCUGCCAGGCUGGCAGGCCCUGGAUCGAGCGCACAACUCAGGCACCGGAGGGUAUGAUUCCACAGUGGGAAGACUACGUGAUCGUGCGAUACAAGUUCGACACAGAUGUUGAUGACGUUCGCAAGGAGGCUUUCAGAGCAGCAGCUGCAGACUGGCGCACGCACACAUGUGUCGGAGUCAUUGAGGAUGACGCUGCUGCUAACCCUUACUAUCUCAUUGGCAUCUAUGACACCGGCAGCUGCUGGUCCAACUUAGGCAGGCCUUGGAGCUAUGGCAGGAUCAAUCUGGGAUGGUGCAAGAACAUGAACCACAAGGGUAGCAUGAUCCACGAACUAGGACACUGCCUGGGGAUAAACCACGAGCAGAAGCGUGCAGACGCACAAGCGGAGUAUUAUGGAAAGGGCCCCGCGUUGCAGAUGUAUUGGGAGAACGUUGACAGCCAAUGGGUGUCUCAGUACCUUCCUUCUGAGAAGACCUACAUCGGCUCUGCGGACGAUGGUGGAGCGGAUCCGCAGAUUGGCCAUGCGAAUUACGACUAUGAGAGUAUCAUGCACUACUACCGCCAGAGAAGCAAAAAUCGCACAAUUGCGAACGGUUACUACUUCGAUGCCAUUCCCACAUCGAACAACAAACUGGUGGGAAAUCGGGACCACCUUUCGGAAGGUGACAUCAAGCAGGUGUUGGAUGCCUAUCGAUGCCGGCUUGGCCCUGAGAAACUUUACUGCUUAUAG